AUGUCAGCGGGCUGGUUCCUGCGCUACUACAAAUGCAUCCCUGCAGCUUUGCGACUGAUCCUGGGCAUCAGAGGUGUUGAGGAGUCAGACAGGAAGCUGCUGAUGUACUUCUUACGUUUGGGGCAGGUGUCCCGCAUCCAUAAAGCGCUAAAGGAUACGCAGUUGGAGGCACUGACCGAAUCGGACUUCAUGGUGGUUGAGUGUGCCUGUCGCCAAAUGGCACAAAAGGUUCUCUGCCAGAAAAGCAUCUCCAGUGAUGAGAAGGAGUCAGCACGCCGUUUGAUUGCUGAGGUGGAUGGCAAGGUGGCUGAAGCUCGUGAAGUCCAGCGGCAGGCCUUAGCUGCAAAGGCAGUGGGCAUCAGCCGCGGCGUCCCUGAGGACUUCGUGGGAUAUUCAGGCUUCCCAGGCUGGGAGCUUCUCUCAGUGCCCUGGUUUGGACAUGGAAACAAGGAUGCAUACACCCAUUUGAUGGGGAGCAAAGACUCUCUCUCGCCUGGCCAACAUGUAGACAUUGCGGCACUUCGCGAGCUGAGCGGCUACGAUCUCAUUUUCGAGACUACCAAAGUUUGCGACAAGUUGGAGAACAAUGGCUUGGAAGAGAUCAGCAAAUUGAGGAUUGGCGCGUUGAUUGAAGAUGUCAUGAUCCGCCAAUUUCCACCCGGUCAUGAAGAUUGGAAGAAAGACUUUGACUUGGAGACGCAGAAACAUGUUUUGAAGGAUCUCUGGCGUCUUACCCAACACUACGUAGCAGCAGUCGCAUCUUCCACCACAGCGCGAACGCAAGUGGGAGCACAGAUACUGACCAUCAGGUCUUUGCAUGCGGCCUUCGAGACAUGUCUCAGGAGAGCCGCAGAAGACGGCAGCAUGCUCCCUACGACGCAAGCCAUCAUUUGCCCUGUUGGCGGCGAUGAUCCUGACACCUACAGGUUGUCAUGGAGCUUUACUGGCGUUGCUGAUUUCCAGGGCAAGAGCGCUGACAAUGCUACAGAUGGGCUGCCACUGUCAACACCUGAGCUUGCAAAGGCCCGAAACGCGCUGGCACGACAUGAAGCUGGCCAAGCAGCCAAGGGAGAUGGUGCCUGGGAUUCGUCUUUGAAUGGUAUGAAGUAUGAUGCCACUGCCCUCAAACCAACGCAAAGCGUGGUCACAGAUCUCACCAAGAAAGUGCUGAAGAUCAUGAGCAACGUCCUGCCACCAAACCACAGCGAUGAAUGGCCCAAAUGGACAAUUCCAUUUGGCUGGGCCUUGAACUCAUCGGGUGAAAUCAAAACCAAAGCCCCCGAGUUCUACUGGUGGCGAGACAUUUGUGUAUGGUCCAAAUACCUUUGCUUAGAUCCUCAAUGCAGGCGAUUCAAAGGUGUCUUCACGGCCAACUCAGUGACCAUCAACUGGAGGGUGGGCUACUGUAAACCCUGUGAGAUCCUGAAGGCGCAACCAUCAGCACUGAACGGCACUAUCAAGUUCGAUCAGCUAAGCAAAGGAUUCACAACCAUCAGUGGCGCCAGCCUUCAAGCUGCUGGCCUGGAAAAGGCGAUCUCCGAAGACGAUGUGAUACAUGCACCCACUUUGCCAACCUUUGGUCAGGCCCUCGCCCAAGAAGAAGCCGAGCAUGUGCUCAGCGCUCUUACAACGCCCUACCUGCGAAUUCCGUUGCUUCUGCACUUCCUUGCAGCGGACCGCUUGCACGCAUUGAAACAGACGUGGCUGAGAUGCACUAGA